UGCAGAUUUAGACACAUGGAAAUGCAGCAAAACUGCAGCAUUUCUUGCUUUUGGGAAACUCAACCUCUUGGUUGUGUGAAGAUCAGUUGUAUCUUUUAUCACAGCAAACCUCGAAAUAUCAAUGGAUUGUUUUUGCCUCCAAGUAGUAAUAUUACACUACAAAAAGAAACUCAGGAAGGAAUUCUACCCCUAACUCACAGUCAAGAACCCCUGAAACCUCAGGAGAAUAUAUCACGACCCAUACAUCACCCUUUAGUUUUAAAAACAAAUUUUGAGGAAGAAGAAGAUGAACAAACUGUAAAUGCUUCGGGCUUAUGGACGAAGACUCCUGAAGAAAUUGAAGAAAAAAGAGCAAUUAAAGAAAUGUGUCAUAAAUCUGGUGAAUAUUACAGAUUUCCUACUCCUCCAGAUAGUUCAUCAUCAAAGAGUAUGUCCCCCACAGCAGAAAAAGAGUCAGACAAGCCUUUGGAUAGUGGCAGUGAACUACAAGAAGGGGAUGGUCUUACUGUUCCAACAAAAUUCAGCCUAAUUGUAAGACAAGGUGAGAUAAAAGUACCACUGGAUAGGAAACCAAGGACUGAUAUUACUGCUUUUGAAAAUGGAGGAGGUGAUUGCUACCUUCCACAGAGAAUCAUAUUUCUUGGAGUAGAAGAAAAUGAAGUUUUAACUGCAGAGAAAGAUAUGACUAUGUCAAAAUGCACAGAUACAAAAGAUAACAAGGACAGUCCUCAUCCAAAGCCUACAGCUCAUGUAUUAAAUGCUACUGAGAAUAUCAAUAUGAAAUGCAGAGAAGACCCUUGUUCAAUGAAUGAUGUCCAGCCAGUGAGGAAGCCUCAUUUUAAAGGUGUGAAAAAAAGAAAAUGGAUUUAUGAUGAACCAAAGAACUUUCCUGGCCCUGGAAUGAGAAGAGCAGCACAGGUCCAAAAUCCCAAAAAUAAAACGAGUUACCAUCGCAAUAAUAAAAACAGAAACGCUGAGAAUGCAGCUUGUCUUCAGAGAGAUGUGGUUAAGCCUGUCUCGCUGAAAGCCCCUCCCCACAGCAAGCCCACAAAUGGCACCUACAACAAAGUGGAUCUGAACAAGGAGCCCAAAUUCAAUCUAUGUUCAGAUAAAUACGUUUCAGCAUCCUGUAAUGGAUCAGCCUGGCGAAAAAGAAUUCCUUUCUCAAGGACAUAUUCAAAAACUGAGAAGAUAUAUACUGAGCCAAGAAGAAAUGGAAGCAAGUAA